AUGCAGUUUUCCACCAUCAUCAUCUCCACCGCCCUCUUCCUUGUGAGUGGCUCUCACGCUUGGACCGACGGGGUCGCCAACAACGUCUUCUACAACAUCGGGGGCAUUACUGUUCAUGAGGCAUGCACCUAUGCGAACACGAACACGAUCCACUACGGUGACUGUGAGUACUGGACUGACGAUGCUGGUCACACAUUCAAAGGAACCUGCACUCCGUACGCGAGCCAGAGCCAGCUUCUUUGUAUUUGA